AAUACGUUUCCUGCACCUUUCAAUAAUAAAAAGACACUGACUGAACGUAUACAUGAGACCACAUGAUCUACAGCGAGGAAGACUGUACUGUACACCAUCUACUACUGCAUGCUCCUGUCAGGUAAAGAGAAUCAGAAUUUUUUUUGUAACAUUAACUCUACAAUUUGACUCACAAUGAACCUAAUACGGACAAAGUUCUCAGAGCUUACCCAGAGAUUAGGAAGGGUAAUUGCUAAACAGAUUGCUGAUGAGCUCUAUGCACAAUGCAUCCUUUCUAUGGAUGAGAUGGAGUUUGUACUUUCUGCAAAGGUAGAUCAAGAUGUCGCAAGAGAAUUGGUUACUAUGAUUUUAAAAAAAGGGAAUGAAGCCUGCAUAUGUUUUCUGAAAUUGCUUGAAAAUCGAGAUUCACAUUUCUAUCACGAUCUGAUUGGACAAAAUACGAUGGGCAUUGAUACAAAAAAGGAAUUAGAAGAUUUGUCUAAAUAUUUAAAGAAUUUAUAUCAAUCCCCGUUGUUUCAAAAAUUUAAUCCUCUGGGGGACGAAACAGGUAUUGAUAUCUUAUUUGAUUUGGAGACAACAUUCAAAGAUCCCUUGUUAUGGGAAAAAGACACACUUAAUCGCAAGAAGAAACAGCUGACCCUAGUGGAAAUUUUAAACAAGCUCAGAAGUCCUUGUAUUAUUGAAGGAGAAGCAGGGAAAGGAAAAACAACUAUUCUCAAGAGAAUUGCUCUUAUGUGGGCCACUGAUGAAUGUAAAUCAUUAUCAAGUUACAAACUUGUUUUUUUUGUCACUCUUCGCAGUGCAAGUGAUGCGCUGUAUGAAACUCUAGAUGACCAACUUUUUCCCAUUAAUUCACAAUGGCAAAAAAAAAAGUUCAUGGAUGAAAUAUGGAAACUAGGGCAGGAGGUGUUGUUCUUAUUGGAUGGUUAUGAUGAAUUUCAAGCUGACAGCUGCAAACAAAUCGAUGAACUUAUAAAACAAAAUCCCAGAUUCAAUAGUACAGUUAUUGUUAGUACAAGAACAGAAACAAUAGGGAAAGUUAGAAAAUUUGGAGCUUUGAUAGUUGAAACAAGUGAUUUCACUGAAGAAAGUGCUAAAGAACUGAUUGAAAAUGUUCUGGUGGAAGAUGAAGCUAAGGACUUGUUGGCCACUUUAGAGGAUUCUAUUUUCAUUAAAAAUCUCAUGAAGACACCUUUGUUUGUAGUAAUAGCCUGUGCCUUACGGAUGGGGGAAAAAGAUUUCCAGAUGAACACCCAAACAGCUUUGUUCUGCACUUUAUACGAACUGAUGAUUGAAAGAGGCAAGUACAAAACUAGUAAAAUAAAAAAACAUAUUGUAAAAGAGAACAUCAAGUGCUGUGGAAACUUGGCUUUAAGAGGAUUGUUUGAUCAUAUGUUUGACUUUCGAGAGGAUCACUUGCCCGAUAUCCAAGAAGAUGUGUUGUUGAAUAUUGGCCUCUUGAAUAAAUAUACUGCCCAGAGACAUAGACCUACUUACAGAUUCUUCCAUAAAUCCUUCCAAGAAUAUGUCGCAGGAAGAAGACUCUCUCAGUUGCUAUGUUCUGAAGAGACAAGAUAUGUUAAUGAAGGGCAGUCAUACUUGAACAGAAUAGACUCCAUUCACGAUAUUACUAAUAAGUACAGCAAUCUACUUUUAUAUACUUGUGGAUCAUCCAAGACAGCCACUCAUAAAGUUCUAAACCACAUUGUUGCAGUAUGCAACAAAGAUAUUACUAGCAACAGUAUUGAUUUAGCUGAGUUUGGAGUUAAUCUUUUUUAUGAAAGCUCAACCAAAACAGAGUUGAGUAACGAAUUUAAAUCACUUUUUGCAGAUAAAUAUUUAUACAUUAACACCAACAACAUAUCAUCCCAGCAUUUUGAAUUCUUUGAGCACUUACCAAAUUGUCUAAGUGCAUUGGAAAUUAUCAAGUUGGAGUUAUCUGGAAUUUGUGAAAGUAACCCUUCAAAACAAAGAACUCCAAACGAUCAGAUCAGCACUUACAUUUCUGAAAAGGCAGUAAAACUAUUUUUUAAUUGGAAUCAAAAUCUACAGACACUAGAAGUCACACUUAAGAACUUUGAUAAGCUAAAUAGACAAGACAUACGGUACCUUAGUAAAAUAUGCUGCUCGGCUAGACGCCUGAGACUCAAGAUAAAAAAUAGUGCAGGAGUCACUGGUGCUAUUACAGGCAUUCUGGAGUCUUGCAGAAACCUGCAAGAUCUAAUUGUUGACCAUACACCACUUUGUAUUGAAGAUGAGAGAAGAAUUGCAGACAUGACAGUAAUAAGAACAUUAAGUAUUUCCAAUAGACAACUUCAACACCAACCAGAUGGUCUUCUCUGUGGAAUAUGUAAAUUAGUGAACAUUGAAAAAUUAAUUUUAGAAAACAUAAAAAUGGUUGAGAAGGAUGCACAAAUACUUGCUGAAGGUAUUGAAAAAUUAAGCAAAUUAAAAAUGUUGAAUUUAUCCAUUUUGCCUGAAAUUGGGAAAGGCAUUGAAUACAUAGCUCGAGCUAUUGCAUCCAGCUGUCCACAGCUUGAAGAACUCAAGCUAUCUAACUGCAGUUUGACUGGGAAUGCACUGAAGAUUAUUUCUCAGAAUUUGAAAACAUUGCCUAAAAUUGCCGUGCUUGAUUUCUCUGAAAACUAUUUAGAAGAGGAUGAAAGUCAGUCAAUGGAAGAACUUGUGAAAGCUUUGAUCUAUCUGCCCACACUGAAAACACUUUUGCUGCCUGGAGGUAGUGAUGUGAAACUUUGCCUAGAUGCAUUACUGUUUCAACUUCGGAAGGCAACGGGUUUGUCAAAACUUGCAAUUAAAAGAUGGAACCUGGCAGACACUGACAUGAUAAAAUUAGCUACCCAUUUUAGGAAUGAAUCUAAAAAGCUUGAAUUUCUGGACUUGUCGAAUAACCGUGCAACGAGUGACGGAUGGAUUGCCUUAAUGGACGUACUACAAAAUCUAACAAAACUCACAUACUUAAACUUCAGUACAGAGAAUUUGUUUACACCAGAUUCAGUCUUGGUGGCAAAACUGAGUUGUGUAAUUUCUGACUUACAGUUUUUAUGCACAAUGGAACUGAAUAAUUGGGAGCUGGAUACUUUUGACUUGGACAGAAUCAAAAAAUCUAAAAAUAUGAUCCAUAGGCAAGAAGAGACAGGUGUCCACAUUUUUUCAAGCUGUUAACUUAGAAGUUGAAAGCAGAUAACAGUGUUUUUUCUUUUUGUAAUAAUAUUCAUAUAAUUAAUCUAAAGCAGCAGAUACUUGAGCUGAUUUUUGCAAUGUUUCUACAAAUAAAGGAGUAUUCACUAAUUGAGAAUAAUCAGGAAUUCAAAAUGAAUAGAAGGUGAAUUUAAAAUUUAAGGCCAAAAUUACAACAUAGUAACUUUAAAUGGCUCUUAUAAAAUUGUAUCCACCCAUUGCUGCAUUAUUAUUUUAGUGUUACUGAGUUAGAGAGCAAUAAUAUAGAGCAACCAUAGGCACCACAUUACAACUAGUUGUGUAGCCAGAGAAAAAUAAAUACCUAAAUAUCAUUUUGAUUCUAUAUCAGGCGAAAGGGAACUGCCCCCGUAUAAGAGCAGUAGAAUGGGUAAUAAUCAAGAUUUUAGACUUAUCAGUAUUUAAUUCAAAGUUGGACAGGAAACCAUUUUCACGAAAAACUUUUAGAAUAUUUGUCAAUGAAAAAUGUGGGUUCCCAAUCAUAAACUUAACAUCAUCUAUGUAUGCAGCAACUUUAUGUCCUAUUCCGAGAAAAGAGAAAAAUACCAUCCAAAUGUCUCAAUAUUUAAUUUGGAAACUAUAUCAGGUGAAGGGGAAUUGUCCCCGUAUAAGAGUAGACUGGGACU